GAGGAAGCCCUGCAGCUCACUUGAGCACAGAGCCUUUGGUGGGUGUUGCUCUUUGAGAGGGUUCAGCUUUAAAGGAAUUUGCUCAGGGGAAGGAGACAGCUGCUGUUCUGAUGAAGGAUUUUUGUGAGCAGGCCUCCCAAGCUAGCCAUGUCAGUAUGAGAUGCUGCCUACGUUUUUCAUCAUGACCAACAGGUUGUUAAACUGCAAUCAAAAGCACUUAGUAGGAAUGGAUCUCUUCCUGUUAUGAGAUUUGAACUCCUGACAUCUUUAUCCACUGGAACUUGAGUGCUCAGGACACACCAGAGAGGGGAUUUUGAGAGCGUUUUACAAGCCCUGCAGCUGUGAGCUGGUUGCAGCAUGAGGAAAAACCCUCCAUCACCCCAAUGUACAGGAAAGAGAAGACAGAUGACAGUAGCUAUCCUCCUUCAAUACUGAGGAAAAGGCCACCUGUGGACCAAGCUGUGGGGGAAAAGCGGAAAGCAGAGAGAAGGGUUCGAUUUCGUGAGCCAGAAGAAGUCAUUGAACAUGCCAUUUCCUGCUGUGACUACGUAGUGGUAGAUGACAGGUCAUCAUCUGGAUUGCCUGUGCUCCUGUGGCUCUCAUUUUGUGCAGUGCUGAUCCUGGCUGUGAGUCUCUACUACACCAGCAUGAAGCAAGAUGUCAAAGUCCUGGAGGAAUUUAAAUCCCGACUUGUUAUCUUCUUUCUUCAGAUAAGACACACUGCUCAGAAAUGCUGGACUUGGUUUACAAGACAGUAG